UCCGUAGAUUCUUGAAGUAUUAGCAAUUCUAAUUCAAUGGUUUGAAUGGAUUACAAAUUUUAAAAUUAUAUUUACUUUUAUUUUGCUAUAGUUUUUGUUUUUUUUGUUUUUUUGUUUUUAUUUCGAGAAUUUCACAAAUAUUGAAAAAGAAUAAAAGAUAUAUAGAUCCAUCUUCCUCUUUGAUUGGAAUCACAUACAGAGAGCAGCCACGGUGAGCAGUGAAGACGAAAGAGCGAAGAGAUGAACCACAAGAAGGGGCCAGCUCCGGGGAGGAGAGAGGAAGACGAUGUGGAGGAACUGCUACGCGCCGCCGAGGACGAGAUGCUUCUCAACCUCGCCCGCGACUCCCACAUGUCCCGCGUCUCCCCCUCCUAUCUCCACCCCGAUCUGGAUCGUCGAUUCCGAGCCCUCAAAUCCCCCUCUUCCUCUUCUUCGUCUCGGAAGGCAGCGCCAAAACCACCAGAUCCGCCGCAACGGCCACCGGAAACAACCGUAGAGAAAUCCGACGAGAUGCGACGACCUCAAGAAGAGGACGACGAUCUCUUGGCCAGAUUCGUCGCUCUCAAGGCCUCGCUCCCCUCCUCAUCUCCAUCCACCGCCGAAUCUCAUCCGCGUUCCGGCGGAUCGGGCGGUCCGGAUCGGUUUGAUCGGCCGCGCUCCGACAGCGACGAUGCUGACGAGGAUGAAGUUGCGAAGGUGAUCCAGUGGGCCAUCGAUGCCGCUCGCCUUGAUCCUUCUCCCCCCUCCGACGAUGACGACGAUCACAGUCGCGACCGCGACAGCGACAGCGACGAUGAGUCCGAUAGCGAAGAUGAACAAGUCAGACGUGAGAAAGUGAAGAAAAAUGUGUAAUUUUUAAUCCUCUUAGUAACUCUCAUGUUAUCUACUUGUAUACAAAACGCGUUAUUCAUACACAUUUUUGUGGUGCAGUGUUUAUUUAGUUAAAAACAUAUUAUUUUUGUAAAUUAUUAUUUAUUGAAUUCAAGUAUGUUUGAGCUACAA